AUGAACUUUUUUAAUUUGCCGCUGGCUUUAUUCAUUUCCGCUGCCAGACAAGUGGUAUUUACCGAAAGUAGCGAGCAAGCUAGCGAAUGGCUUCCCAUCCCUGAUGAUGUUAACGUACUCAGUUCGGAACAGUUAACGCCACUGGACGCCAAAGAAACCACAUUUGAAGCAAGCGAAGGGAAAUACUCAGGUACGGGCAGUGUGCUUCAUGGAGAUCUUGGAUUCAACACCUAG